CCGAGAAGAAGCUCAAGGAAGAAGGUCGCGGGCGAGACGGCGACAGUUCGGUGUUUGCUUCUCAAGCAUUCUCUCUCUAACAUUCUCUCUCUAUAUCUCUUCAUGGAUACAGACAGAAUCCGAAAGCCAAAGCUCAGAUAAUUUCCUAAUUUACUCGCUGCACGCGGCUUCAGGUGGCUACGUUUUUCUCCUUUGCUGGCGUGAGAUUCUAGUUCCAUCUGUCCAUUGUCAGAUUUUCCACCUCUUGUUUUGUGUUUUCCGAUUCGAUCCGACGGAAAAACGCCGCUGAUUGCUCUGAAACUCGGGCAGGAGGUCGUUCAUCGAAUGGUUAAUUGGAUUGGAUUCGAUUGCGUAGCGGAUAAGGAAGAGGAUCUCGUCAAAUUUGUGUUUCCGAUCCUGAUGAUUGUAUUCAGUUUGUGGAAAUUUUAGGAGAAAUUUGAAGUAUGAUGCAGAAUCGAAGUCCGCCCAAACAUAGACAUGAUGGAACCUCGCCGUUGCCUCUUGGAAUGGACUGGAGUCCUCCUCCUCGAAAAUGGAAUGGGAAGGACACAGUUUGGCCUCACGAUCAUCACACUGGAUGGAGUUACUGUGUUAUAAUACCUUCAUGGGUUGCCCUUCCGAAAACACGAGCUGCAGAUCCUGUAGUGUUCUACAGGGUUCAGGUUGGUGUACAGUCACCUGAGGGGAUCACAGCACUACGGAGAGUUUUAAGGCGAUUUAACGAUUUCCUAAAUUUAUUUUCUAAUAUUAAAAAGGCUUUUCCGAAGAAAAGUAUUCCACCAGCUCCAUCCAAAGGGAUCUUGCGGAUAAGAACCAGGGCUCUCUUAGAGGAGAGAAGGCGUUCUUUGGAGGAAUGGUUGACGAAGCUGCUAUCUGACAUUGAUAUCUCAAGAAGUGUUGCAGUCGCGUCCUUUCUUGAGCUAGAAGCUGCUGCUAGGUCAUCUUUCCAAAAUGAUAAUCAGGAGGAGCCUUCAGAUUAUGGUAGUGAUACUGCUUAUGAGGCCUCUGAACUUGGAACAGCAAGUCUGGGAAGAGAUGAUAGUUCUGAAAUUGCCAUUGAUGAUUUAGCCAUGGAUGACGAUCUUUCUAGCCCAAUCGAAAAACUUGUGAAGUAUGGAUUGUCCAAUAUUGACGAGGGACUGUUUAUGGGGCAGACCAUUCUAGAGCAGUUGGAAGGCCGUCCAAAACAUAAAGCUCAUCCUAGAUAUAACAACAAUUUAAAGGAUGGGCACAAUGGUAAUACAUCUAAGGCAUCGUACUUGGAUAAAAAUGGACUGGUACCUUUUUUAGAGCCCGAGCAUGGCGAGGUAAUUGGUCAUGCACAAAAGCUGUCUGAUGAGAGUGUGGCAAGUGAUGCAAGUUCUCUGAGGGGUGGAGAAAUUUCAAGCUUUUCACGUUCAAAUUCGAUAGGCAAUGGCUCACUUGACCAUUCGAGUGCUGAGGUUUCAAAUGCAAUUGAAAUUCAUAGCAACCCUGAAUUGCAUUUUUCACGUGAUGCACUGCUCCUCCCAAAGGAUCAUCGCCAUAAAAUGAAUAGGGUUCUUUCAACAAUGCAUCAAAGGCUAGUGACCGCAAGAACAGACAUGGAGGACCUUAUAUCAAGACUGAACCAGGAAAUAACUGUGAAAGAUUACCUUGCAACAAUGGUUAAGGAUUUGGAAGUAGAACUUGAAACAAACAAGCAGAAGAGUAAAGAAAACCUUCAACAAGCUAUUUUGAUGGAGAGGGAAAAAGUUACCCAAAUGCAGUGGGAAAUGGAGGAACUUCGUCACAAAUCAUUGGAAAUGGAGUUAAAGUCGAAGUCUAAAGAGGGUGAAAAUUCGUUUUCAGUGCCUAGGAAAGAAUUUACCCUCCAGGAGAAAGUUUCCUUGCAAGAAGAGCUUGAUUCCACAAAAGAGCAACUAAAAAAUGUUUCUAAGCGAUUUGAAGAGUUUGAAGGAAAAUCAAAAGCAGAUAUCAGGGUUCUUGUUAAAGAGGUUAAAUCUCUUCGAAGUACCCAAGCCAAACUUAAACAAGAGCUUAGUCAAACACUUCAACAGAAGUCCAAGACCGAGGAAUUCCUUCAACAGGAAAGAGAACUGAGACAGCAUGCAAACGCAGCUUGGAAAAAGCUGCUGUCUGAAUGUAGGAGCAUACAUGGUCGGCUUCAAAGCUGCAGCAUAAAUUUUACAGUAGAUGAUUAUAACCAUAUUGCGGAAUCGUCAUCCCUGUCUAAUGCGUUGGAGGUGCUGACUACAUCCGAAGACCGACUAAAUUUCCUUCUGACCGAGGCAAAUCUUCUCUCCGAUAGCAUACAAACUGCUACUUCAACAACGAAUGAUGAUGUUCAGGAUGGCGAGUAGGAUCGAUUAAGGUAGAGGCAGAGUUGAGGAUGAUACUUAAAGACACGUUCACCGAAAACGUGUAGGUUGAGGAAAUGGUGAAGCAGAGGCUUCUUCUUCACAAAAUAGUAGAGUAAAUACCACAACAUGAUUCCCUUUUGAAUCAGUAUAUUAUUCCCCUUUUCCUUUUUUUUUCCCUCUAUUUGUUCUUCCCCUCCUUCCCCUAUAAAUAUAAGAAAUCUUUUUUGUUGAUUCAGUAGUCAUUUUGCACAUCUUUGGAUAAAAUAAUGCUGCCUGCUUGGUAUGGUAUAGGCGAUGAUUUUAGUUA